GCCCGCGGUCCCCCGCCCCCUCCACGCAACGCUGGCGACACGGGCACGAGCGCCGGGGCUCGCUGUCCUCCGAGCUCGGGCCCCACUGCCGUCUGCUCCACGAGGAGCCCGCGCGUUCCCCGCCGCUCUCGGCUCCACGUCGGCCACCAUGGAGGCACAGGCGCAAGGCUUAUUGGAGUCGGAACCACUACAAGGAAGAGAUGAGGAUGCAAUAGCCAGUGCUGACUUCUCUAGCAUGCUCUCUGAGGAGGAGAAGGAGGAGUUAAAGGCAGAAUUAGUCCAGCUAGAAGACGAAAUUACCACAUUACGGCAAGUUUUGUCAGCGAAGGAAAGACAUCUGGUUGAGAUCAAACAGAAGCUCGGCAUGAACCUGAUGAACGAGCUAAAGCAGAACUUCAGCAGGAGCUGGCAUGACAUGCAGACCACCACCGCGUACAAGAAAACGCAUGAAACCCUGAGCCAUGCAGGGCAGAAGGCCACAGCAGCUUUCAGCAAUGUGGGAACUGCCAUCAGCAAGAAGUUUGGGGAUAUGAGAUCUCACUCUAUUGGGUACUCCAUUCGCCAUUCCAUAAGUAUGCCUGCCAUGAGGAACUCUCCUACUUUCAAAUCAUUUGAGGAGAGGGUUGAGACAACUGUCACAAGCCUCAAGACGAAAGUAGGUGGGACAAACCAUGGUGGAGGCAGUUUUGAGGAGGUCCUCAACUCCACAGCACACGCCAGCUCCCAGAAUGCUUCAGGAGGCCCCCGGCAGACCAAAGAUGAGGAGCUGCAAUGCUAGGUUCAACCAGCCUGGGCUGCUGCCAAGCCAAUCUGCCUGCUCGUCUCCUCACACGACGACCAAAAUCCCACUGGAAAACCCAAGUUUUGAUAUUGUUAUUUAAGUGGCCUCUACAAAAAGUUGAAUAAAAUGAUUUCCAUUUC